GUUCGCCAAAACGGUCACAACGAGCCAGAUCUGGCAGUACAUGAAGCCCAACACGAGGAGAUCUUGAAGGAGAAGAUCGGAGAUGUCGUCGACGCCGACGAUAGUGAAGAUACCGCAUAUGUGCUUCCGAUGAAGCCUCGCCGACGGCCUGAAGCACGAGCAGAGAACUUGAUGGAGCUGCAGGAGGAAUCCCCUGCCUGCCCCCGCAGCAGUGAGGUCUGGUCGCCCACGGGCAGGACCUUGGGCCAAGGUGCCAAUGGGAAGGUCGUUGAGGUCACUGGCUCAGGCCACCACGGCCCCUAUGCCCUCAAGGUGCCGAUCAGCCGGGAAGCCGAAGAUGAUGCGGAGUUGGAGGUCGCGGUAAUGAAGUCUUCAUCGAGUCAGCGCUGUACGAACGUCAUGCAUCUGACGGCCGAAAAGCCCUGCGUAAAGGAAGGCAGUUCGGAUGAGAAAGUGAACAACAAAGCCUACGUUGCGCCGGAGAUGGCUGGGGAUUUGGACCGUUGGCUCAAACAAGCUCGCACUACGCAGAGGAACCUGUGUGCCGCGAGAAUCAUCAAGCAGGUGUCAGAUGGCGUGAAAUGCUUGCACAAGGCAGGGUACAUCCACGGAGACUUGAAGGCUGACAAUAUCUUCUACAAGGAGCUGGACUCGGAGUAUUGCCCGUCUGGCGUGGUCCUGGCGGACUUCGGACUGUCUCAAAAGAUCAACACCCUGAUGUACCAGUACGACGGGUAUUACUACCGCCACUCCACCCACCUUCCUUCGAGCCUCUUCAUCGGACACCGCGACACCUUGAACAUCAAAGUUCCACACCACAACCAAGUCUAUGUGAGGGAGGACAUUGACAU